GAAGCGGCCGGGCCCGUCUACCGGAGCAUCUACGCCAAGGACGGCCUCAUGCGGCUUCCGCAGGAAAUCCAUUCCCCAUGGGACUUCUUCAGUGGGGCAGUCAAGAAGUAUCCCAAGAACAGAAUGCUCGGCCGGCGCCAGGUUUCUGAGGGCAAGGCUGGUGACUAUGUGUGGCAAACGUAUGAGCAAGUGUACCAGAAGGUUAUCCAGAUUGGAGCAGCUAUCAGAGGCUUCGGCGUUAAGCCGGGGGCUCACUGUGCCAUAUAUGGGUCCAACUGCCCAGAAUGGGUCAUGGCCAUGCAGGCUUGCAACAGCCAAGGAAUUUGUUAUGUACCACUGUAUGACACCCUCGGACAAAAUGCAGUUGAAUUUAUCUUGGACCAUGCUGAGAUCUCCAUAGCCUUUAUGCAGGAGAGCAAGAUAAAAUCAAUUGUCGCCGUACUCCCAAAGUGUACAGCCCACAUCAAAGCCAUUGUUAGUUUUGGAGAUGUGACGAUUGAGCUGAAAAGGGAGGUUGAACAAUUAGGAGUUUCUUGCUUUUCCUGGGAAGAAUUUUCUACAAUGGGAGAAGACAUUCAAGAACUUCCUAAGAAACAAAAGGACGACAUUUGUACAAUCAUGUACACCAGUGGAACAACAGGAGAGCCAAAGGGUGUGAUAAUCACGAACAGGGCUAUCGUAGCUGGGGUUACGACCACAGAGCACCUCCUCCAAUUGACAGAUAAAGUGGUGGACGAAUAUGAUUCAUACUUUUCCUAUCUUCCAUUAGCUCACAUUUUCGAUCAAGUAAUCGGGAAUUACUGCAUCUCCAAAGGGGCUUCCAUUGGAUUCUGGCAAGGGGACAUUAGGUACCUGAUGGAGGAUGUGCAAGUGAUGAAACCAACAAUAUUCUGUGGUGUUCCUCGCGUUUAUGAUCGUAUAUACACAGGUAUCAACCAAAAAAUUCAGUCUGGAGGGCUAAUAGCCAAGCACCUUUUUCAGUAUGCUUACAACUACAAACUUGGCAACUUAAUGAACGGAUUCAAACAGCAUGAAGCAUCGCCAUUUUUUGACAAAAUAGUCUUCAGCAAAAUAAAGGAAGGGCUUGGAGGCCGCAUACGUCUCAUGCUAUCAGGCGCGGCACCUUUGCCAAGACACAUUGAAGAGUUCAUGCGAGUUACCAGCUGCAGUGUCCUCGCACAAGGAUAUGGGCUCACUGAGAGCUGCUCGGGAUGCUUUACGUCGAUCGCCAACGUUAUUUCGAUGAUUGGGACGGUUGGCCCUCCCGUGACGGCAGUCGAGGCACGGUUGGAGUCCGUUCCUGAAAUGGGCUACGACGCGCUCUCCAGUGCGCCGCGAGGCGAAAUCUGCUUGAGGGGACACACCUUGUUCUCUGGGUACUACAAGCGUCCUGACCUCACAGAGGAAGUGUUCUCAGAUGGAUGGUUCCACACAGGUGAUAUCGGGGAGUGGCAACCGGAUGGCACGAUGAAGAUCAUCGACAGAAAGAAGAACAUCUUCAAGCUGUCCCAGGGGGAGUAUGUAGCAGUGGAGGUCCUGGAAAGCGCAUACGCGCAGUCUCAACUCGCUGCGUCGGUUUGGGUCUACGGGAACAGCUUCGAGUCCUUCCUCGUUGCUGUGGUCGUCCCUGAGAAGCAAGCCAUUGAGGACUGGGCUGCACUUAACGGCAAGUCUGGUGACUACGCUGAGUUGUGCAAUGAUCCGAAGGCAAGGAGGUACAUCCAGGAUGAGCUGAAUCAAACCGGCAAGAAACUCGGGUUGAGAGGAUUUGAGAUGCUGAGGGCCGUUCACCUGGAGCCAGUGCCAUUCAGCAUCGACAAGGACCUGAUCACCCCAACUUUUAAGCUCAAGAGGCCCCAGCUGCUCAAACAUUACAGGGAUCGUGUUGAUCAGCUGUACAAGGAUGCCAAGAUGGGAACUGCACAAUGAAAAAUGGUGGUUAAACAUCAGCAAGUGGAUAUGAGCUUUCUGAAUGUUUCCUCAAGAGUCAAAACUAGUAUGAUACUAUGAUGUAGCAACGGUAAGGAAGUUGGCUACGGCUCGAGGCGGUGACACUUUGUACCACUACUACUGCAUUCAAGACCCGGAUCCAGCAUAGAUCUGCAUUCAAAAGAUACAUGUCAAAAUAAAAAUGUAUUUGCACAUAAUGUGCUACUUUUUUUUUUCUCGAGCGAACAUAAUGUGCUAGUUAGAGCCGGUAAAGUUAUCUUAGCUUGUAAUCCUUACUACAAACAAGAUUAAUGGAUAACUUUGAUAUAUAUAAACCACUACAAAGUUA